AUGACGGCCACCGCUGCCGCUCAGCAUGACUCUAACUCGCCGCAAAGGGGAAGACCACGGUCUGACAGCCUUCAGAAGAUGUUGGAUCUGGAACACGCCCGGAAGCUCGAGCGUCUUCAGGGGCACCACCAGUCCAUGCCCGUCUACACCCAUCCCUCUCACCUGGCGUUUCAGCAAGUUCUUCAACGACAUUCAAAUCAGCCCCGUCUGCCCCAGUCUCCCCCGAGACUGAGCCCUUUUCCCACCGUCCAUCCUCCGCCCCAGGUGAAGCCCACCGUCCCGUUGCAGUCUCGCCGAAGGGAGUCAUCUGUUCAACUUCCCGUCAAGAAGACAGACCUGCUGCCUUCUGCCAUGAAAUCCGCGCGCCGAGCCACUGCCUUGCCUUCUCUCUCCAUCUCCGUGCCGCCUCCCCCAUCCAACACAAAAGCCCAAAUCGACCGCGAAGUCGAGCGCAACGAGUCUGCCGAGCACGACCACAAGCAUAAGACGGUCACCUUUUUGGACGUCGACGUCUGCGAGGAGCCGACCGCCGACGACGCCUCUUCCAUCUGUCACUCUCCAAGCUGGGAGUCAUUUGGCCAGAACAAGAAGAGGGAUAAGAAGAACGAGGCCAAGAUGCGCAAGAAGGAGAAGGAACUUUUGGAGAAGCAGACUGAGAAGGAGGCCAAGUCUGUAAAAAAGAUGCUGGCAGCCAAACUCAGCAAAGCUCCCCCGACGAGACCCCCGAACGCCUCGAGAUCCAUCUCCAGUCCGACCGUGUUGGCCGAUGACAGGCUGAGGUCGAACAGUGCUCAAGCCUUCUAUGACCCGCCUCCGCCAAUCCGUCCCCACCACAUCAGGCAGCGAUCCGACUCGGUCGCGAUGCAGCUCAAGGCCGCCUUGACGGGUAACAAGACACCCAGUCACCAUCAGCUCAAUGAUGAGCAGGGCUUCAUCGGCGGAUUGAAACUUGAGAAGAAGAGACAGGAGGCUGCCGGCAUGCCUUUCAGAAAGCCUGUUCCCCCGCCCUCUCUGACAAACCAGCGGGCGAAUUCAUUUGGGCCCGACGUGACGGUUACGCCACCAGCAUUCACGCCUCCGGGUCUCCCGCGAUCGUCCUCGUUCAGCCCGCAGCUCGAAGCAUACAAUGAUCGGGCGGGUACCGCCCUUGACCCAAGACCACCACGGGUCGCUUCUAUGCAUGUUCCGUCAUGGUGCCAGCCCUUGGUGUCUCCGACCGCACCGCCCGUGCCGGAUAUCAGCAACCUAAAGCAGUGGAAAAACAACGCCUCAAAACAGCGCGACGAUGCUGUCGAUGACGAUUUGUUGGAACCUCCCAACGCCUUGAGCGAGUUUGUGCUAGAACAAGAGAGAGGCCGGCGUAGGGAGAGCUACGUACACCAAUCCCGCCAGCAAAGCAGAGAACGAUCGAUCCACGGCUUCAAGGACGAGGUUCGUGUCUCAUCUGCCAAGUCACAUUACCCUCCCCAGGCCAACCGACAGCAUCAAUCUCGAGCGCAACCGUCGUCUUCCGAGAGCAGUCCUCUGGGUGGCAACUUCCAGCUGCGUAAUGGCUCUCUCAGUAGCCUCAACGUCCAUGACGAUCAGCCGCCCCACGGCGACGACUUUACUCUCACCUUUCGUCUUCCCUACACGCCUCCGGCACAUGGCAGUCCCCUCCAAGGCUCGUUUGACCGUUCGACCUCCCAGGGACCACCGGCAUCCAGGAUGACACCCAGGGAGAUACCUCUCCCCGCCGAAAGGUCAACAUCGCGUGACAGGCUUCCGCCCACUCCUGGGGCCGCACUUAAGAGCUUCAGGGAUGCUGCCAAAGCAGCUUUCUACAAGGUUUCAUCGCCAAGUUCUUCCAAGCCUCCGGUCUCGAGCUAUUUCACGCGGCCCGCACGAGACACAACCAUGACACCUGACUCGGCAACAAGCUCUCGGUAUUCAACUGACGAGCCUUUACAUUUCUCAGGCGUGGCUGUACGGCCAUUUGCCGAGUCUGCCGAGUCCGGCAUGCCGUCAAGGGAAUCGUCGGCUCGUCCAACCAAUAGGUCAUCCAUGUCUUCGUGUGAAGAGGGCUUGCCUUCUCCGUCGCCAGCCACCACUCCUGAUUCAUCGAGACCCCAGUCGGAGAAGGGACUGCCAUCGGUUGAUGGAGAGAUUGGAAGAGUGGACAACGAGACUGUGGUCGUCUCGGACGAUACGAGAUCGUAUAGGCAAUCCCACACGGCGAUGCUGACAUCUUCGCCGACCAUCAUAAACCCAAGGAUCAGUCUCCCACCUCAGAUUCCGGUCCAAAACCACGAGUCCCAUCUAAAUGAGCUAGAAGCCCUUGUGACGGAAAGGUUCGGUAGGAAAGCUAGCGUUGCCGACGCCGAGGACAGCGACUCGUCCCAGAGCUACCCCACUCCCACGCACACGGAGAGUUCCAAAACGUCGACUAUGGCCUCGCCGCUGACGUCGGCAUCUCUCACCAGUCCUCAGGAGUACGGACAGAAGCAACAGAGCCAGGCCGGUAACGCCCCUUUGCCGGCACCGGCGUCGGUGCUGGAUGAGUCUUCGUGCAUAGCCCAGCGUCGCCUGAGCUUGACUAAGAGUCGCUCAAGCCCAGACCUCGCCUUAGAUACCAGUUUCCUCCCCAAGCUCAAGCACCAACCUCUGGUUCCCCGACCUCUCGUUCCGCAGCCCCCGCCGCGCUCGUCUAAGCGUGGAUCUGUUAGCAAUCUAGCCUCCAAGGCAGCGGCACAGGCUUCGCAGCCGCCCGACAUGUCGGCGAGGAAGUCGAUCGUGUCUCUCAAGACGCCGGCGAGCCCAUCGAGCUACCUCGAGGAGGCUCGCAAGUCUAUGCAAGGCCCUCUAGGCCCGCGAUCCAAUCGCUUGUCGCGCCCGUCCAUCGUUCCACCCAACGGCACCCCUGAACCGGUUGCCAAGAUGCUGGUGGAGUGCUGCAGCUGCAAGUUUUUGCAUGACAUGCCGAGCAAGGUCUACGAGUGCAUGGCCAAUCCGGACGCCAAAGUCGAGGACCGAAGGCUAGGGGUCAGUGGUGUUAUUUCAACGGCGGUGAAGUGCCCGUGGUGCUCUCACGGAAUGACGACGCGAUGCUGCGCAGGAUACGCGGCAGUUAUCUAUCUCAAGGAGAAGCUGCACUAG